GAAGCGCCGGCGCCCGGCACUUAUAGGGCCGGGAAUAGGGGUGCCACCAGCGCCUACAUAGCUCUGCGUCUGCGGAGUCCCGGCCGCCGCUGCACUGUUGUCGCGGCGCCCACGCCCCGUCCUCUGCACGCCCGCACCGCCCCCCUGGAGCCGGCCGGACCGGUCAGGAGUCAGGGCCGAGUCCUCGCCAUGCCUGCCCGACUGCAGCUACUGCUGCUGGCGUUGCUGCUGGCCAGCCUCCGGAUUUUUGGAAGUCCCAGCACUGUGACACUUCCUGAAACCUUGUUGUUUGUAUCAACCCUGGACGGAAGUUUGCAUGCCGUCAGCAAGAGGACAGGCUCAAUCAAAUGGACUUUGAAAGAAGAUCCAGUCCUGCAGGUUCCAACACACGUGGAAGAGCCUGCAUUCCUUCCAGAUCCCAACGAUGGCAGCCUGUAUACGCUUGGGGGCAAGAAUAAUGAAGGCCUGACGAAACUUCCCUUUACGAUCCCAGAGUUGGUGCAGGCAUCCCCGUGCCGAAGUUCGGAUGGAAUUCUCUACAUGGGUAAAAAGCAGGACAUCUGGUACGUCAUUGACCUCCUGACCGGGGAGAAACAGCAGACUUUGUCAUCGGCCUUUGCGGAUAGUCUCUGCCCAUCAACCUCUCUUCUGUAUCUUGGGCGAACAGAGUACACCAUCACCAUGUACGACACCAAAACCCGCGAGCUCCGGUGGAACGCCACCUACUUCGACUACGCAGCUGCGCUGCCCGAGGACGACGUGGAGUAUAAAAUGUCCCACUUUGUGUCCAAUGGCGAUGGGCUGGUGGUGACCGUGGACAGUGAAUCUGGGGACGUCCUGUGGAUCCAAAACUAUGCUUCCCCCGUGGUGGCUUUUUACAUCUGGCAGCGGGAGGGUCUGCGGAAGGUGAUGCACAUCAACGUCGCUGUGGAGACCCUGCGCUACCUGACCUUCAUGUCGGGGGAGGUGGGGCGCAUCACCAAGUGGAAGUACCCGUUCCCCAAGGAGACGGAGGCCAAGAGCAAGCUGAUGCCCACCCUGUAUGUGGGGAAAUACUCUACCAGCCUCUACGCUUCCCCCUCAAUGGUACACGAGGGGGUCGCCGUUGUGCCCCGAGGCAGCACCCUUCCUUUGCUGGAAGGACCCCAGACCGACGGUGUCACCAUCGGGGACAAAGGGGAGUGUGUGAUCACACCCAGCACGGACCUGAAGUUCGACCCUGGGCUCAAAGGCAAGAGCAAGCUCAACUACCUGCACAACUACUGGCUGCUCAUCGGACACCACGAGACCCCACUGUCUGCAUCUACCAAGAUGCUGGAGCGAUUCCCCAACAAUCUGCCCAAACACCGGGAAAAUGUGAUUCCUGCUGACUCAGAGAAAAAGAGCUUUGAGGAGGUUAUCGACCUGGUUGACCAGACUUCAGAAAACGCACCUACCACAGUUUCUCCAGAUGUGGAAGAGAAGUUCGCUCAUGCCCCGCCCAGGCCCGAGGCCCCCGUGGACUCCAUGCUCAAGGACAUGGCCACCAUCAUCCUGAGCACCUUCCUGCUCAUUGGCUGGGUGGCCUUCAUCAUCACCUACCCCCUGGAGCCUGCCCCGUCCCGCCCGCUUGCGUGCUGGGCGCUGGGCUGCACUGGCCGGGUUGUGGGUUUCUCUUCCCAGAGCCGACGUCAGCAGCGGCAGCUCCAGCACCAGCAGUUUCAGAAGGAACUGGAGAAGAUCCAGCUCCUGCAACAGCAGCAACUGCCCUUCCACCCACCUGGAGAUGUCGCAGCUCAGGACACCGACCUCCUGGACUCAUGCGGACAGUACUCGGAGAGCUCGGCCACCAGCAGCCCCAGCACGUCCCCCAGAGCCUCCAACCACUCGCUCCACUCCAGCGGCUCCACCUCCAGGGCUGCCACCAGCCCCUUCCCGGAGCAGGAUGACGAGGAUGAGGAAACCAGCAUGGUGAUAGUUGGGAAAAUCUCAUUCUGUCCGAAGGACGUCCUGGGCCACGGAGCCGAGGGCACAAUUGUGUACCGUGGCAUGUUUGACAACCGCGACGUGGCCGUCAAGAGGAUCCUCCCCGAGUGUUUUAGUUUCGCAGACCGUGAGGUCCAGCUGCUGCGAGAGUCGGACGAGCACCCAAACGUGAUCCGUUACUUCUGCACCGAGAGGGACCGGCAGUUCCAGUACAUCGCCAUCGAGCUGUGCGCGGCCACCCUGCAGGAGUACGUGGAGCAGAAAGACUUUGCCCACCUCGGCCUGGAGCCCAUCACCUUGCUGCAGCAGACCACCUCGGGCCUGGCCCACCUGCACUCCCUCAACAUCGUUCACAGAGACCUGAAGCCACACAACAUCCUCCUCUCCAUGCCCAGCGCACACGGCAGGAUCAAGGCCAUGAUCUCCGACUUCGGCCUCUGUAAGAAGCUGGCAGUGGGCAGACACAGCUUCAGCCGCCGCUCAGGGGUACCCGGCACAGAAGGCUGGAUCGCCCCGGAGAUGCUGAGCGAAGACUGCAAGGAGAACCCCACCUACACGGUGGACAUCUUCUCUGCGGGCUGCGUCUUUUACUACGUGAUAUCUGAGGGCAGCCACCCUUUUGGCAAGUCCCUGCAGCGGCAGGCCAACAUCCUCCUGGGCGCCUGCAGCCUGGACUGCCUGCACCCUGAGAAGCACGAAGACGUUAUUGCCCGGGAGUUAAUAGAGAAGAUGAUUGCAAUGGAUCCUCAGAAGCGCCCGUCAGCGAAGCAUGUGCUGAAACACCCGUUCUUCUGGAGCCUAGAAAAGCAGCUCCAGUUCUUCCAGGACGUGAGUGACCGGAUAGAGAAGGAGUCCCUAGACGGCCCGAUAGUGAAGCAGCUGGAGCGCGGCGGGCGGGCUGUGGUGAAGAUGGACUGGAGGGAGAACAUCACUGUCCCCCUCCAGACAGAUCUGCGUAAAUUCAGAACCUAUAAAGGCGGCUCUGUCCGAGAUCUCCUCCGGGCCAUGAGAAAUAAGAAGCACCACUACCGGGAGCUGCCCGAGGAGGUGCGGGAGACGCUAGGCCCCCUUCCCGACGGCUUCGUGCGCUACUUCACGUCGCGCUUCCCCCACCUCCUCUCCCACACCUACCGUGCCAUGGAGCUGUGCCGCCGCGAGAGGCCCUUCCAGCCCUACUACCACGAGCCCCCCGAGCCCCGGCCCCCAGUGACUCCAGACGCCCUCUGAGCCAGGCGGCCUCCGUGCCGGCGGCCCCGCUGGGACCAAGGGCCUGGUCUCUACAAGCCACAGCCUGGCGUCUCCUGCUGAGCAGGGAGACCAGGCUGCAAAGCCAAGUGCCUCGAGCUGCCUGCUCUGCAGCCAGCAGGGGAGGAUGCUGACCCCGGAAAGUGGGAGGCGUGACCGCGCCCCCCCACCCGACCCACGAGGGAGCUGGGAAGACAUUGGCCGUGAAAGCUUGACCAUCGGGGGACGGCUGCGAAGGAGGGCCAUUCCCAGAGGCAGAGGGGAGCACCCUCUGCCUUCUCCUGGAUAAACUCGCUUCAGACUUCCGUUUCUUUUAAAACUUCCUGUGAGAUGCCACUGUGUGGGCCCUUAAGGAAGAGAGCUGAGGGAGCCCUCAGUGGUGCCUACGUGCUGGGACCGGGAGCAUCUCUCUUGGACCAGCCGGGCCGAGGUGCACUGAGUGCAGCCUCCGCUAGAAGCAGGGCUCCGGAGGAGAGGGUGCCCGGGAGGAGGAGGACCUUCAGAGGGCGUCAUCCCCAGGGAUCGGAGAUGCCUCAGUGAUCACAGACGCGCCCACAGGUUCCCAGGUCACUGUAACCAGUGUUUCCUCGGGGGUGGCGAGAGCCUUGAGGGUGGGGACGCGGUGUGGGGAGAGGCCAGCCUGGAACUCCAGAAGGUGAGUCUGUGUCUGCGGGUCUCUCAGAAACAAAGAGGAUGCUGCGUUUUGAGGCAGCUGUGGCCCAGGGCACCGGUGGCCUGAAUGGUGGCCUUUGGUGGAGUCGUGCCCUGGGGUGCUUGGGGAUGUUUAGGAGCAUUUGGGGGCAGGAGGUGAUAAGUCCCCUGGCUAUGAAGGAAAGCAGCUCCGACCCCGGCAGGGACAGGCCUUUGGGACCAGAGGGGAGCAGGCCAAACGGGACACUCGUGGCCCCCCGGGGAGAGCCCUGGCCAGCAGGUGGGCGAUGAGGCUGCUCUGUCCCUGGGGCUGGCAGGACGGGCCAGGGGUUAGAGGGCCAAGGCCAGGGUCACCACACACUUUCGGGCAGGCUUUUAUGUUUCUCUUGGCAGAUUUUAAUAACUUUAUAUUUUGAUCAUACUGUAGAAUGCUACAUUAGCGUGAGCUGAACUUAACUUGAAGCUUGUGAGGAAGUAAUGCAAGAUAUAGAAUACAUCUUCUAUUUUGUAAGGUACCCAAAGUCCCAUCCCCUCCAGAAAGAGUGUUCGUAUGUUGAACAUUCUCUAAUGCUGAAGAGUAAAACGUUAUAGCAACACUAUACACAUGUAUGAAAGUAAUAUUCUCUAAAUUAUGUCAAUACCAUGGGGUUUUUUCCCCCUAAAAUUAAUAUAAUUUUUAACUUUAGUUUUAGUCAAAAACUCCUCUGUCUUUUCUCUACCGAGAGCCUUAGAGGUUAAAUGCAGUCAGGGUACCACGUAAGGAAGCGUUUUGCGUGUGCUUUCUCCAGCCAGGGGAAUGGAUCGUUGCAGUUCGGUCCUAGUGAACCCAGAGACUCCUCUCAGGAGGAAGAAUGUUACUGUCUGGUUUUACUAACAGAGAAAUCGCUGUUUCUUCUCCUUGUAAGACGUUUUCUGGUGGUGGAUUUGAAUGAGGGCCACUCAUCAAAAGCGCUCAUUCUGCCUUCAGAGAAUUCAGUUCCCUUCCUUUCCUAAUGCCUAAUGUCACUUUUUUUCUUUUCUCCUUUUAAUAUUAUCCUACAUCUUUAAACCUCAUCAGUUACCUCAUUUAGACCUGGGAACCCCGGCAUCCUUGGUCAGCAUCAUGGUGUCUUGUACCACGCUGUCCGUUUUUCAGGAACACAGCCGGACGGUUUUCUUCUCCCCGCUCUGAUGCUCCUGAGCCAGCGCCCUCCCGCGCUGUUCUGUGGCGGCUCUGCAGGUCGCUUUGCCGCCGGGCCUGACCGGUGAGACAGUACGAAGUGGAGAAGGUGCCGUGAGCGCUUUAAAGGACCGUCAGCUUCCUGUGUUGGGAGCAGCGGGGGGCGGGGCUGUUGGCGAGGCAGCUGCCUUGCCUCGUGGUCGCUGCUGAAUGUUCUCUCUGGGGAGUAGCCAGGUCAUUCUCAGCAGCCCAGGGUUUAUGUCAUCUCUCUGUUUUGGCCCAGCUUGCCUCCAGGACAGCUUUUUUUAAAAUUCCUUUUCUGCUUGCAAUACUAGUUUUUAACCACCCAUCUUUCUCAAACUCAUUUAUUCAAUGUAUUUUAUUUGAGCACUUACUGUAUGAGCUGGGCAGGAUAUCGCAUGCUAGGGACACAGGUGAACAAAAUAGGCAAAACCUUGGCUUUCAUAUGAGCCAGUGAUAGACGGCAGUGAGUAAACAUCAGUGCUGCAAAGAAGAUGCAGGCGUGGGGAAGGGCGUGCGUUUGGGGUUUUCACCCAUCAGAUCCGGGGUCAGAUUGCCUUCUGUCCAUCUUCUCUCCGUCACCUUUGGGAACCCAGUCACCCGUCAGUCCUCCAGGCCGCUUGAAAAGGUCUCUUGUGGGCACCAUCUGGUUUAUCUCAUCCUGGUCUCUAGAAUUCUGGUUUCCUGUUGUGCUCGGCGCAGCAGGAAGGUGUCUUCCUUUCUCGAAAAGAGGGUUCUGCACCUGCCGCGUGUCCUGUCACUGCUGAGCUGUUUGAUCUUUAAUACGAUUCUUUGAAGGCUGUUUGACUUUUUACAAGUACACCAUCUUCAUCUUUAAGACAGAAUUUAUUCGCAUCUGUUAGGGAUCCCAAGGACACCAUAAUCUGUUUAAAUCUUGUGUUGACCCUUGUAUCGAAUUUGUCCUUGGCACACCUGCCAGAAUUCUCAUGUUGCUUAUUGAGUCCUUUUAACUUCAAUUUUUAGAGAGCUCCACCUGUCACUGGGCACCAGAGUGUCUGCACUCUUGGGAAUCAUUGGUGUUACAUGAUAAGUCACUAAACCACCUGGUGGCUGAUGAAUAAAAUCCCAGAUGCAAAGGUCCCCUGCCAUCUCCCCCUCACUCAGUGCAAGAGUCAUCAUAGGCUCUUCCCAGGGAGACGUUAUUCCGACCCAUUACAUGUAUUUCAGUGCAAGAGCCACAGGUUAGUGGGUCCAGCAAAGUGCUUCCUUCCCACCAACUGGAGAAGAAGGGUCCUCAUCAGAGCUCGCCCUGAUGCUUUGGGGGAGGUUUUGUGUGAACGCGAUUCAUUUAUCACUGCAGUGAAAGAGAUGAACUGGUGGUUGAUCUGACCUCGAAGGUGGUUGCAGGGCUUUGUCCUCUUGGCCACUUUCUUCUCUGAAGUUAGACUGCGGCCAGGCUUGGAUUUCCUGGGACUGUUCUCAUUGUGCAUCUCUGUUCAUCGGAUCCUCAGCCUUGAAGUCCUCCAGGAAGGUGGGCUGGUUCCGUUUUCACAGCCUUCUGUGCUGGAAGACAGAGCACAGCACACCUGUAAGGAGCCUCUUUAAAUUCUCUUUAGCUUUCUCUCUGCUCACUUAGCUUCUGAAAUCCCUCUUCCUCGUAUUUUCCAGUGUUUCUUUUCCUUGGCCACCUUUCACCAUCCCGGAGUAGCUGCUUCAGUUAACUGUGCUUUGGCGCGUUGGCCUUGCCUGGAAGAAAGUUGCCAGGUGUCCUGUACAGAUGAGCCAGAAUUCCGCCUUCCAGUGUUGGACCCGUUAUCCUUUAAACCAAAGUGUCUCCUCUUCCUUGUACUUGGUUUUCUUUAUGAAACAGUGAUUUCCACGAGUAACAGGUCCUGAUUUUUUUUAUCGGCACUUAAAUCCUCUCUGUAUUCAUUGGAAAACCACAAAGACAGCAUCUGCGAUGAGCCUCCCCCCAGAGCAGCCUUAACCAACACUUCCAGCCAAAGUCCCCACCCCACCCGCCUCACCCCGUGCUCUUGAGUGUCUGGCGGGUACAGUAUUCCUUUUCAGUGUCCCAGAAGCUGUGACGGGGGAGUCCCCGCUUACCUAGAAAGCAUUACCGGUCAACUCUGCAGCAUUCUCAGAUGCAAACCUUAGGUAGUGUUCUUUUUGCAGUGACCUAUUUAUUUAACCUAUUUAUAUUUAUUUAAUUUUUACUCUGAAGUGUAUCCAGUGACAAUUGCACUUGCUUAAAGCACAUCAGAUUUGCUUUGGACAACACCCCUGACCAUUUUAAAACUGGAAACGGAAAAGUUAUACUGUAUCCUUCCACAGGAUGGACGCCUUAUAGUAGUUUUGUCAUUAAAGGAUAAAUAAUUUGGUUGGGGUAAAAAUGUUAAUUUUUAAGUGAUUUUUUUUUUAAAAUUCUGUGCCAUUGUGUCUUCUCUGUGGACAGUUAAUUGUUGGAUGGGUCUGUGUUAAUUGUGUGAUACAAUCCUCUGUGGAACCUGAAAUCCUCUUUUUAGCUUUGUAUUUUAUAAACUGCCAGGUUGUACAGUUUUUAUGUGUAUUUUUAAAGCUUGAUGGCGUGAGGGUAUCUAAGUUAAACGGCCUAUUUUUGUACCUCCUGUACAGUUUUAUAAUUCUGCUGAUUGAUAAUGGCACCUUACGCUGAACCGACCACAAAUAAACGUAGUUUUAGAUUUGGAA